AUGUCUGACCUUGAUGAGGCCAUCGAGGUGGACCGGGCUGCAUUACUCCACUGUCCCCCCGGUCAUCCAGAUCGAUCCUCGUCUCUGAGCAAUCUUGCAAACAGCCUGUACGGCAGAUUCGAGCAGCGUGGGAUCAUGUCUGACCUUGAUGAGUCCAUCGACUUAGAUCGGGAUACAUUACUCCUCCGUCCCCCCGGUCAUCCAGAUCGAUCCUCGUCUCUCAACAAUCUUGCACUCAGCCUUCUCCACAGAUUUCAGCAGGGUGGGAUGAUGUCUGACCUGGAUGAGUCCAUCGAGCUGCAUCGGGAUGCAUUACUCCUCCGUCCCCCCGGUCAUUCAAAUCGAUUCUCGUCUCUGAACAAUCUUGCAAACAGCCUUGGAGACAGAUUCCUGCAGCUUGGGAUCAUGUCUGACCUUGAUGAGUCCAUCGAGCUGCAUCGGGAUACAUUACACCUCCGUCCCCCCGGUCAUCCAGAUCGAUCCUCGUCUCUGAACAAUCUUGCGCUCAGCCUUCGAGACAGAUUCCAGCAGCGUGGGAUCAUGUCUGACCUUGAUGAGUCCUUCGAGCUGCAUCGGGAUGCAUUACUCCUCUGUCCCCCCGGUCAUCCAGAUCGAUCCUCGUCUCUGAGCAAUCUUGCAAACAGCCUGUACGACAGAUUCAAGCAAGGUGGGAUGACGUCUGACCUUGAUGAGUCCAUCGAGUUGGAUCGGGAUGCAUUACUCCUCCGUCCCCACGGUCAUCCAGAUCGAUUCUCGUCUCUGAACAAUCUUGCACUCAGCCUUCGAGACAGAUUCCGGCAGCGUGGGAUAAUUUCUGACCUUGAUGAGUCCAUCGAGCUGCAUCGGGAUGCAUUACGUCUCUGUCCCCCCGAUCAUCCAGAUCGAUCCUCGUCUCUGAGCAAUCUUGCAAACAGCUUGUACGACAGAUUCAAGCAAGGUGGGAUCAUGUUUGACCUUGAUGAGUCCAUCGAGUUGGAUCGGGAUGCAUUACUCCUCCGUCCCCCUGGUCAUCCAGAUCGAUCCUCGUCUCUGAACAAUCUUGCACUCAGUCUUCGAAACAGGUUCAAGCAGGGUGGGAUCAUGUCUGACCUUGAUGAGUCCACUGAGUUGGAUCGGGAUGCAUUACUCCUCCAUCCCCCCGGUCAUUCAGAUCGAUCUUCGUCUCUGAGCAGUCUUGCAAACAGCCUUCGACACAGAUUCCUUCAGCGUGGGAUCAUGUCUGACCUUGAUGAGUCCAUCGAGUUGGAUCGGGAGGGAUUACUCCUCCGUCCCCCCGGUCAUUCAGAUCGAUCCUUGUCUCUGAACAAUCUUGCACUCAGCCUUCGAGACAGAUUCAAGCAGCGAGGGAUCAUGUCAGACCUUGAUGAGUCCAUUGAGCUGCAUCGAGAUGCAACACUCCUCCGUCCCCCCGGUCAUUCACAUCGAUCUUCGUCUCUGAACAAUCUUGCACUCAGACUUCGAGACAGAUUCCAGCAGCGUGGGAUCAUGUCUGACCUUGAUGAGUCCAUCGAGUUGGAUCGGGAGGGGUUACUCCUCCGUCCCCCCGGUCAUUCAGAUCGCUCUUCGUCUCUGAACAAUCUUGCAAACAGCCUUCGAGACAGAUUCCAGCAGCGUGGGAUCAUGUCUGACCUUGAUGAGGCCAUCGAGCUGCAUCGCGACGCAUUACUCCUCCGUCCCCCCGGUCAUCCAGAUCGAUCCUCGUCUCUGAACAAUCUUGCACUCGGCCUUGGAGACAGAUUCCGGCAGCGUGGGAUCAUGUCUGACCUUCAUGAGGCCAUCGAGCUGCAUCGGGAUGCAUUAUUCCUCUGUCCCCCCGGUCAUCCAGAUCGAUCCAGGUCUCUAAACAAUCUUGCUACUAACCUUGGAGACAGAUUCCUGCAGCGUGGGAUCAUGUCUGACCUUGAUGAGUCCAUCGAGUUGCAUCGUGAUUCAUUACUCCUCCGUCCCCCCGGUCAUUCAGAUCGACCCUCGUCUUUCAACAAUCUUGCACUCAGCCUUCGAGACAGAUUCAAGCAGGGUGGGAUCAUGUCUGACCUUGAUGAGUCCGUCGAGCUGCAUCGUGAUGCAUUACUCCUCUGUCCCCCCGGUUAUUCAGAUCGAUCCAAGUCUCUGAACAAUCUUGUAUUCAGCCUUCGAGAUAGAUUUCACCACUGUGGCGUCCAGUCCGACCUUCAUGAAGCAUUUGACUUGUAUUCCCAACUCUCCCAACUACCGCAUGCAGCAUCUCGCACAGAUCUCCUUGUUGCCAAGUCAUGGGCAGCCUUCGCCGACACCCUCGAUCAUGCAUCUGCAUUGCUUGCCUAUAAGACUGCACUCAAUUUCCUGGAUCAGCAAGUUGCUCUCUUGUCGUCUUCUUCUCAUCAUUUCGACGUCAUCAGGGAGGCCGUUUCUUCCCUUGCCACAGAUGCUUUUUCAUGCAGUGUUCGUCAUGGUGCGCUAACGACUGCGGUAGAGCUGGUGGAGCAAGGUCGUGCAGUGUUUUGGACCCAGCUGGCACGCUUCAGCACGCCACUGGACGAACUUUCUGUUUCAGGUGACACCGCCACGGCCUUGGCAGAGGAGUUCAGACGGUUGAGUUUUCGCCUUCGUAAUGCGUUCGACCAGUCUACUGAAGACCAGUCCCCGCAAAUCCGGCAACUGACCAUGCAAUGGCAUGAUGUCGUUUCAAAAAUCCGCAUGCUUCCCGACUUUUCUCGGUUUCUCUUGCCCCCCCUUUUCUCAGACCUCCAGAAGGCAGCUGAAGACGGUCCUGUCGUCAUUGUCAAUGCCAGUCAGUAUUGCUGCGAUGCCUUGAUUGUUCUCAGCGACCAAGAUCCUGUCCACGUUCCGAUUGAUAUCACGCAGACCGAAGUUUCUGAUUUGUCCUCUGAGUUUCAGUCCCUUAUAAAAGAAUUUGGUUCUUCUGAUACUCAAAUCGAGCUCGUCAGCAUCCUUCGUAAACUUUGGCAUCGCAUCGUUGGCCCCGUAGUACAAGCCCUCAAGGUGUUGAAUGUUCGCCCUGGUUCGCGUAUCUGGUGGUGUCCCACUGCUGAGUUCGCGCUGCUCCCUCUACAUGCAGCAGGAGCUUACGAGAAGAAGAGAGACAGUCUGUCUCACAUCUACAUCUCCUCGUACACUCCCACUUUGGCCACGCUUGUUCGUGCGAGACGGCAGGUUUUACUAGAUGGGUCCCCGCAACAUUUUGUUGCCAUUGGUCAAGGAAACCCGGAUGGAGGGAGGCCACUUGAAUGUGUAGCUCCCGAGGUAGCCUUUGUCGCCAAGCGUCUCGCGCCCGUCGUGUCGUCCUUCAUGCGGCUCGAGGACAGCGACGCAACGGUCAAGGGUGCAUUUGACGCCCUGAACCGUAACCAGUGGCUUCACCUGGCCUGCCAUGGAAUGCCUAAUCGACGACGACCAUUUGAAUCUUCCUUCGCGAUGCGUGAUGGGCCGUUGAUGAUCAAGGACAUCAUCCGAUCCAACUGGCAGGAGCCGCAGUUUGCAUUCCUAUCGGCUUGCCACACUACCGUAGGCGAUGAGAAGAGUCCCGACGAAUCGAUCCAUCUCGCUGCGGCAAUGCAAUUCUCCGGAUUUCGCAGUGUGAUUGGUUCCAUGUGGUCUGUCGACGAUGAGGUAGCACAGGAGGUCGUGUCUGGUUUCUACGACAACCUGAUCGAUGGUUCUGGGAGGCUGGACUGCACGCGCGCUGCAAUGGCGUUGCACAAGGCUUUGAAGAAAUUGUGGCGCAGUGAUAUUCCAUUGGAACAGCGGAUUUUGCACCAUAUGAUUCGAUCUCGCAACAUUCAUCAACUUCUCUCUGAAGAUCUAAUGUCCGGAUCAAACAAUGACAUCAGGAAAACCCUCCGAUACAAACCUAGACUAAGUGUAACAAAUUUCUCAAAAGUUAGACAAGUUAUACCAACAUUAUCUGAGAGUUACGAAACUAUGUCUAUCAAUAUAGCAGUUAACGAAGAAGGUGUCACAUUCGUCGAGAACAUUGUUACUUGUCCAGUGUCGAGACCGAAUGAAUCGGCUAACUUUGUACAUGCCGUGCCUGGGAUCUGGUGUCGCAGGAAAGGGAGUAAACCAUUCGACAUACGCAAGGUGCUUGGGAGGCUGUGCCAUACCUUUGAUGCCAACGGAGCUGCCAGUACCAUCGUUGAUAAGUGCAGUAUCGAAACGUGCUGGUACUACAUCCAUCAGGAAAAAGUGAUUCUAAGUAAGAUUCAGUAG